ACAUCAUCCCUGGAUCCACUGCGCAUGCGCACGACGAUCCCAUUCUUGUCCUGCAGGCAGCAUUCCGGGUGGAGAGUGGAAGAGAAAGAGAAAGGCAGGGUGGAUUUUAAGGCCGUACACUUUAUAUUUACAACAAGAAAGCCUCGCUGUCUGGCCGAACAGAAGAGUGGAGCUUCAGCAGGAUAUGGGCUCUCCAGGCCAGAUCCCGGGACUAAACAUGGAGCUCUAAGUUAGCUCUCUUCAUCCAUCUCUAUUUGCUGCCUUGCUUGCUGCUCGCCAAAACCACCUCCACUACCCUCGCUGUAGCGGUUUGGCUCAGACUCCUCCAAGAGAAGAAGAAGAAGAAGAAGAAGAAGAGGGGAAAAAAAAAACCCAAGUAGGAGGGAGCGGUAAACUUUCCCCAGCUGCUGUCCAGACACACACAUGCUGCAUUGCUGCCAUUCCCCAAGCCCUGCUCCAUCCAUCUCUAGGGAACACUCACUAGCUUGCUAGCAGGCUAGCACUUUGCACAAACACAAGGCCUGUCCUCGCGGAUAAAAAUACAAGCAGACUGUGCGCAGUAGCCUCUUCUUUUAUUCUCCCUUUUCCGGGUCACCCUGCAACACUGGCUAACUGGGGCUCCUUUUGUUGAGCUGUCAUUCCUGCUGCUCUGAGCGGUGGAGGAUUUCUAGUAGCCAGUCAGGCAGUCAUUCAUUCAUACAGACAGGCUGAGGAAGCCAGAGGGAUUGGUUAUCACAGGCCAGGAUGAUGGAGCCCAACAUGGAGAGCUGCCUGGUCCAGGUCCUGCAGAAGGACAUGGGUCGACGGCUGCAGGUGGGGCAGGAGAUCAUUGAGUUUAUUCUGGACAAAGAGAAGUCCCCCGACCUGGAGCAGGAUCAGACGAUGCUGGACAAGAUGGUGGACGGCAUCGCCAGCUUGUGGGUCAACUGCAGCAACUUCAAGGUGGCUCUGCUGGGUUUGGACCUCUUAUCUGCCUUAGUGACACGGUUACAGGAGAGAUUCAGGGCCCAGGUGGGAACAGUUCUGCCCAGCCUUAUCGAUCGAUUGGGAGACUCAAAAGACCAAGUGAGAGAACAAGACCAAACAGUGCUGCUUAAAAUCAUGGAACAAGCUGCCAGCCCACAGUACGUGUGGGACAGAAUGCUAGGAGGCUUCAAACACAAGAACAACAGGACCAGAGAAGGAGUGUGCCUUUGUCUCAUCGCCACACUGAGCACAUACGGAGCUCAGGGCCUGACCCUCAGUAAAAUCGUUCCCCACAUAUGUAACCUCCUGGGGGACCCCACAAGUCAGGUACGUGAUGGAGCCAUGAGCUGCUUGGUGGAGAUCUACAGACAUGUGGGUGAGAGGGUGAGGAUGGAUCUCAGCAAAAAGGGCCUUCCACAGUCACGGUUGAAUGUAAUCUUCAGUAGAUUUGAUGAAGUCCAAAGAUCCGGGAACAUGAUGCCCUCCACCGGCUCAGAUAAGAACUUUGAGGAUGAAGACUCUGUGGAUGGAGGCCGGUCCUCCUCCUCUUCUUCAUCCAAAGCGCCCGCUAGUGGCAGGAGGACUGUGAUGAGCUCUGUUAGGAGACCCAGCUCGGCCACCUCAGCUAAGCCUUCAGCUAAAGAAGCAGCUGCCGGUGCAGUUGAUGAAGAGGAUUUCAUGAAAGCCUUCGAAGACGUUCCCUCAAUCCAGAUCUACUCUAACAGAGAGUUUGAAGACCAGUUUUCAAAGGUCAGAGAAGUGCUGUCUGAUGACAAACAUGACUGGGAGCACCGAGUCGUAGCGCUGAAGAAGGUCCGUUCUCUCAUGAUGGCUGGAGCAGCCGAGUACGAGGGUUUCCCUCAGCAGCUGCGUCUUAUGGAGGCUCCCUUAAAGCUGUCCGCUAAAGACCUGCGCUCACAGGUGGUUCGAGAGGCCUGCAUCACACUGGGACAUUUGUCGUCACUGCUGGGGAACAAAUUCGACCACGGAGCAGAGAGCAUCAUGCCCACGCUGCUGAACCUCGUGCCCAACAGUGCCAAAGUCAUGGCCACGUCUGGGACGGCCGUCAUCCGCCUCAUCCUCAGGCACACUCACUAUCCCCGUCUCAUCCCCAUCAUCACCAGUAACUGCACCUCCAAAUCAGUAGCAGUGAGACGACGCUGUUAUGAGUUCCUGGAUCUCAUGUUACAAGAGUGGCACACUAAUACACUGGAAAGACAUGUGGCUGUUCUGACAGAGACCAUCAAGAAAGGCAUCCACGACGCUGACUCCGAGGCCAGAUCCAUUGCAAGAAAGUGCUACUGGGGUUUCCACGGUCACUACAGCCGAGAGGCGGAGCAUCUUUUCCAGGCGCUGGAGUCCACCUAUCAGAAGGCCCUCCAGUCUCACCUAAAGAGCUCCGACAGCAUCGUGUCUCUGCCGCAGUCUGACCGCUCAUCCUCGUCUUCUCAGGAGAGUCUGAACCGGCCACUGUCUGUGAAGAGUGUCAUUGGAGGAAGCAUAACAAGAAGUAAGCUCGUGAGCACCAGGGUGUCUUCCACACCGGGCUCUCUGCAGCGUUCCCGCAGUGACAUCGAUGUCAACGCCGCCUCCAGCGCCAAGUCCCGUCUGUCCACUGUUCCUGCGUCCUCACCGUUUGGCUCCGCGGCUGCCCUGCCCCCGGGAUCCUACGCCUCAUUAGGUCGCGUUCGUACCAGGAGACAGAGCUCAGGCAGCGUGGGCGGGGCCAAUACCUCAGUGGUGGACAGCAGAGGGCGCAGCCGAGCCAAAGUGGUCUCACAGUCUCAGCGAUCCAGGUCAGCCAAUCCCAUCAGUGGUAAGGCCUCAGCAUCAUCCAGUUACAAGAAAGCUGGCAGUCGCUCCAGCUCGCCAGGAAAGCUGCUCGGCCACAGCAGCUACGGGCGGAUCCCCCGAGCCACGAUUUCGGCCUCCAGCACGCCGGCAGACAAGCGCAGCAGGAUCCCUCGAAGCCAGGGCUGCAGCCGAGAGACCAGCCCCAGCAGACUGGGUCUUGCCAGCCUGUGUGGUAAAGCUCUUCUUCCUGCUGCUCUUCCCUACCGCACGCUAGCCCGGAGCCGCAUUCCCCGUCCCAGCAUGAGUCAGGGCUGCAGUCGCGACACCAGUCGCGAGAGCAGCCGCGAUACCAGCCCCGCUCGGGGCUUCACUCCUCUGGAUCGAUACGGUUUGAUUCACCAAGCAAGAAUCUCUGCGUCGGUCAAUGCAAUGCGGGUCCUCAACACUGGCACGGAGGUGGAGGCGGCUGUAGCUGAUGCUUUGCUGUUAGGAGACUCCAGGAAUAAGAGGAAGCCGUUGAGGCGGCGGUACGAGUCACCUGGGAUGUACUCUGAUGAUGAUGCCAACAGUGACGCGUCCAGCGCCUGCUCAGAGCGCUCGUACGGCUCGAGGAACGGAGGCAUUCCUCAUUACCUGCGGCAGACGGAGGACGUGGCGGAGAUCCUGAACCACUGCGCCAGCUCCAACUGGUCUGAGAGGAAGGAGGGCCUGCUGGGUCUGCAGAACCUCCUCAAGAGCCAAAGAAUACUGAGCCGAGUGGAGCUGAAGAGACUCUGUGAGAUCUUUACGAGGAUGUUUGCAGAUCCACACAGCAAGCGAGUGUUCAGCAUGUUUCUGGAGACACUGGUGGACUUUGUCACGGUGCACAGGGAGGACCUGCAGGACUGGCUCUUUGUCCUGCUCACUCAGCUGCUGAAGAAGAUGGGGGCAGACCUGCUGGGCUCAGUCCAGGCCAAAGUCCAGAAGGCCCUGGAUAUCACAAGAGAUUCCUUCCCGUUCGACCAACAGUUCAACAUCCUGAUGAGGUUCAUCGUGGAUCAGACUCAGACGCCUAACCUCAAGGUCAAGGUGGCCAUUUUGAAGUACAUCGAGUCGCUGGCUCGGCAGAUGGAUCCGACAGAUUUUGUAAAUUCAAGCGAGACCCGCCUGGCUGUAUCACGCAUCAUCACCUGGACCACAGAGCCCAAAAGCUCUGAUGUCAGGAAGACCCUUCAUAACUGGGUGAGCGAGGAGCUAGCUGGCAGGUCCAGUUCUGCAGCCUUACUGUCCACUGAGGGUAACCAGGAAGACAGGUGUAAGCAGGCGGCUCAGGUGGUGCUGAUCUCUUUAUUCGAGCUCAACACCCCAGAGUUCACCAUGCUGCUGGGAGCUCUGCCCAAAACCUUCCAGGACGGGGCCACCAAACUGCUGCACAACCACCUGAAGAACUCCAGCAACACAGGCAGUAGCGUGGGAUCUCCCAGCAACACCAUCGGUCGGACGCCGUCACGUCACACCCCCAGCAGAACCAGCCCCCUCACCUCGCCAACAAACUGCUCCCAUGGAGGUCUAUCUCCAAGCAUGAUGGAGUAUGACACAGAAAACAUGAACUCCGAAGAGAUCUACAGCUCGCUGCGUGGCGUCACAGAGGCCAUCCAGAGCUUCAGCUACCGUAGCCAGGAGGACCUGAACGAGCCCAUCAGACAGGAAGGCAAGAGGGACGAUGCAGCAGGAAGAGAAGGUGUAGCGUCCUCACCUGGCUCCGAUGCCCGCCUGGGCUUGGACGUGGUGGAGGGGGGUCGAACCGCCUUAGACAACAAGACCUCGCUCCUAAACACGCCAUCGCCUCGCUCGUUCUGCGGCCCGCGGAGCCGAGAGUUCGCUCCGUACGGCUACGGCGAAACCAUCUGUACGUAUGACAAGAGCGCCCUGAAGGAGGCCGUGUUCGACGACGACGUGGAGCAGUUCAGAGACUGCCGACGUCAGGAAAGUGGUGAAAACAAGAUGAUGCUCCCCAAGGUCUUUGCUCCCUCCGUUAAAGUCGGUCAGGACCACUCUGACAUGGUAGCAGACCUGCUUAAGGAGCUGUCCAAUCACAAUGAGCGUUCAGAGGAGCGUAAAGGCGCCUUGGUGGAGCUGCUGAAGAUCACACGAGAAGACAGCAUGGCUGUGUGGGAUGAACACUUUAAAACCAUCCUCCUCCUCCUGCUGGAGACGCUGGGAGAUAAAGACCACACCAUCCGCGCUUUGGCCCUGCGAGUGCUUAAGGAAAUCCUGAGGAACCAGCCGGCCCGCUUCAAAAACUACGCUGAGCUGACCAUCAUGAAGACCCUGGAGGCUCACAAAGACUCUCACAAGGAGGUGGUACGUGCUGCAGAGGAGGCAGCGGCCACCCUGGCAGGGUCCAUCCACCCAGAGCAGUGCAUCAAGGUACUGUGCCCUAUUGUGCAGACAGCCGACUACCCGAUUAACCUGGCUGCCAUCAAGAUGCAAACCAAAGUCAUUGAACGCAUCACCAAGGACUCCUUAGUGCAGCUGCUGCCUGACAUCAUCCCCGGACUCCUGCAGGGCUAUGACAACACAGAGAGCAGCGUUCGCAAGGCCAGCGUGUUCUGUCUGGUGGCUAUCUACUCCGUGAUUGGCGAGGAUCUCAAACCCCACCUGGCACAGCUCACGGGCAGCAAGAUGAAGCUGCUGAACCUGUACAUCAAACGAGCCCAGACCACCAACAGCAACAGCAGCAGCUCCUCCGAUGUCUCCUCUCAUAGUUAAGAGCUGGAGUCGAGAUUUGGAAACCCUCUGAGCCCCCCACCCCCUCCUCCUUCUCCUUCUUCUUCUCCUCCUCCUCUUCAUAACUCAAGCUCCACAGUGUUCUCCUCCACCUGUCUGUCUUUGGGUUCCUUUGCUCUGGAAACGUUUGAAUGUAACUGUGGAUCAGUUUUAGACUCGUGGAGAGGGAGUUGACCCAUUCUGAGACGUGUUUGGAUUUCUUUUGGAUGUAUAAAAUGUAAUUUACCCUCCUCCCCGCCUCUUUGAUGAAGAAAUCCUCCGUGUGCUCUCAGAAUUUAACGUGUAAAGAAGCGUGCUGUGAAAUAGUCCUCACCAGAGUGGAGGAAUGUGAUCAAAUUGGCUUGGUGAUUCUGUUUCUGGGGCAUAAAAAACAAAUACUGUAACAAAAAAAGUUUUAAGAUGUGAAAGGGAACAUCAUGAUAGGAAAUGUAAGAGCGUUUUUAGUUCAUAUUUUAAGUUUAUUGAUCAGGAUUACGGCUCUGAAAGCCUGUACAUGGAUUGUAGUGGCUUUUUUUUUAAUGCUAAUUUGUAACUUCAGGAUGAAUAAUUCAAAUGAACCGCCUCUGUUCAUCUCAACAUGUUGCCAAAAGUCAAACUUUCAGCAUCAGAAUUGACAAUCCUUCAAAUUGAGUGCAGAUCUUUGAAGUAACAGAGGAUGAAAUGAAACUGCACAGUAGAAGUUGAGCUCAUGAGAAGUUGUGUUGCCUGUGUUUUCACUCUGAACUGUGCUUUCUGUUCUCAAUGCUUUCAUAAACUGUUGCCUGUGGGUUGCCAGUUUGUGGCAUCUUAUCCUGUAAAUCUCCGAGGCUGCUGCUGCUCGAGUGGAGUGACCCCGUGUGGAGAGGGAGUCUUUUGUAAAUACUGCAGGUGUGGAUUCAGGAGAGAGACCGACGAUCCAAGACUUUCAAAAAAGACAUGACCAGGCCUUACUCGCUUCACACACUGAUGUUUGCUGACUGGGACUGCAGAGAGCGAGCGGGGAGGUACGGCACUGUAAACAAUGUGACUCUGCAGGGGAGCGGACCCCGGCGGUGUUCUGGACCUGUGAUGAUGCACAGUAUUAGUUGUUUCCUCUACACGUAACCACAGCUUCUGCAAUAACUUCACAAAGGUUUUUUGUACAUACACUUUUGGACCACAGCUUCGCGAAAUUUGGGAAAAAAGUAAAGUGAACAGUUUGACGAUCUCACAUUUUUUUGCACGUUACCUUAAUAGCUUGCAUGUAACCUGCAGCACACGUCAUCUUUGUGCUGCUGUGAAGAGGCCCCUGAGUUUCGGCUGUUGAAGUGCACUUGUUACAUCAUCAGAUUACUCAUCUCUGAUUUAAUGUUUCAGUAGAGGAGUUCAGACGUCACAUUAGCUGCUUCUCUGUCAGAGGUACAAACGGAGCUGUGACCAAAACCUUUUCAAACUGGUAGACCCGUACAGGAAUACCUCAGAUCUCUGUUUUAUUUCAGUAUUAAAGGAGAACUUCCUCUUCCUUAAACCUGGACUCACCUAGAUUGGUUUCAAGCAUAUCCAGGGUCUUAAUGACUGAUGGGCACUAAAGAUUUGGAGCUGCUCCUGUAGAUCCCUCCAGCCGGCAGCCAUGAAACAAACUGUAACUACUGCAUUAUUAUCCCUGCAGGCGACUGCACAGAAACAGAUUUGAUUGUGAAUCAAACUGUCGGACAAUCUUUGGAAAGGAUUCCAACAGACAUCAAAAAAUGUCACAAAGAGUAAAAUGCUGUUUUUGGAUCCAAGAAACAGCUGCUGUUGUUCUCUUCAAAGCCACUGGACUCUGUUGUCUAAUGAAGUCAUUUUACAUUUCAGAACGUGGGAGCUGCUGAUCUGCCGCUGCCUUGAUCAGUCAGUUUGUGUGUGUUCAGUGGUUCAUUCUGCAUAGCUUAUCUUUAAAACACCAAAGUCAAACAGUAAAACCAAAAAUCAUAUAAACACGCGGUGGUAGAGAAGCCGCUCCCUGAUCCGUGAGGUAAAUGAUCAUUUCUGUCGUUAGAGUGCGGUGGCUUUAAAGAGAUGAAUGAAAAAGCCUCUGCUCUGUGUAGGGAUCCUUUCUUACAAUCUGACACUGUGGGUGGAAAGAAUCUGCACUUUGAGUGGAUGUUCUCUGACCGGGAUCACACUGCAGCGGUGUCAGUUAUUUCCCAGCUGCCAAAUGAAGCUGUUAAAUGGUGCAAUGCUAAAUGGCUUCGUGUCUGUGAGUCAUUUAGACUACAAGAAGGAAAAACUGGGUCCAGGUUUAAAAUGCCAAAUUCCUCCUUAAAGUUUGAGGUGCCAUUUAAAAUGUUUGAUACCUGCAACAAGAUCUGACUUUAAAAGAAACCACACAGGUAGUCCUGACCUGUUCUGAUCCGAUCUGAUGUGAUUUUCAUGUUUGACCUUAUUUGUUUCAUGGUACAGUUAAUCUACUGUAGGGAGGGGAUGAUCUCCCUUUUUUCAGUUGUUGUCUCUUCUGAUAAUUUCUGCGUCACAAUGAAAACAAAGAAGUGUUCCUGAUUCUGCCUGGACACAGUAUCAGUCCGUUUGAGUUUACGGGGAUGUUUUUGUUUAUUCCGCUGGGAAUGGGCCGAUAUUGGUUAUUUAAGUUAUGAAUGUACAGACUUUACAUGUGUUAUAAUUGUAUUGGUACUGAAAGUAGUUUGAGCAACACGUGGCCCUGUACUCGACAGUCCUGUCUGCACUCAGCCUUACCUUUCUAUCUCCUGAACACAUCAAACGGGCCUUGUUUAAUCCUAGUCUGGGCUUCUUUCUCUCUUUUUGAACAAAUGCUCACACGGCUUUCAAAGUACAAACUUCAAUCUGCAAACAUCUGUAAUCACUUAACCGGUCCUGGAAACAGAAAAGAUGGUAUACCCUGCAAACUGUUCACUAUGCAUGUUCUACAGUCUUUCUUUUCGUCUCAAUCGGUCUUGUAAUAUUCAAACCUGUAUUUAUAUAUUUUAUUUUAUUUGUUCUCUCAUGAUAAACUGUACAGAAGGUUUUUGUUAACUUCCACCCGUGAUAGAUUUGCAACAAUGUAAAGAAAUUGUUUGCUCUAGAAAUAAACAGACAAAGAACCGA